GUGUUGUAGCAAACUGACAGAUGGGACCACUGAUCUCCACUGCUCACUGCUGGAGAAGAAGAGGAUAACCCCUGAUAUCAUCAACUGAAGGUAAAGCAGAGGCUGUUGGGACUCUGCCAGUUGGGACAAAUAUUUAUUACUCUGCGGAGGAAGACAAUGACUGGAUAGUCACCACGGACCAAAGCAUCAAGAAUCUGCUCUGGAUAUUGGUUCCACAAAUUCAGGAUCGUGUGGAAAGAGUCCCAACAUCAUGCGGGCCUCAAGAAGAUGCUUCCUCCUAUUUCUGCAUCUAGCUUUAGUGUUUCCUGUGGUUAGAGUUAAUCGACUGCUAAAACGAAAGUCUCUGGACCACAAAAGACUUUGUGUGUGUGCUAUUAACAUCAUCAGCUGCUCUAAUUUACACCUAGAAAAUGUCACUUUAAAUCUUCCUAACCAUACAUCCGUUCUGGACCUCAGCUUUAACAACAUCACAAAACUCCUUGCCACGUGGACCCUGACUGACCUCAACAUGCUACAGACAAUGCUGCUGAACAACAAUCGUCUCACCUUUCUCUCCUCCGAGGCAUUUGUUCAUGUGAAAAAGCUUCGUUACUUGGAUCUCUCUUAUAAUGGCCUUACCCUACUGGAUGAGUUCAUCUUUGAGCCGCUGGAAGACCUUGAGGUGCUUGUCCUUUUCAAGAACCACAUUUCUAAAAUUGAUCGCACUGCCUUCUCUAGCAUGGGCGCCCUACAGAAGCUUUACAUGAGCCACAACCAGAUCUCACGCAUCCCCUUGGAGGUGCUAAAGGAGCGAAGCAAGUUGGAUACUUUUAAACUGCUGGAUGUUUCCUUCAACAAAAUCAAGGACCUGCCAAUAAAGGAGCUCCAGUCCAUGCGUGCCUGGAUGAAGAAUGGUGUCUACUUUCAUAACAAUCCUCUUACAUGCAGCUGUGAGCUGUAUAAACUGGUGGCAAGCUGGGACAUCAGAAUGUUAAGCUCUGUCUCAGGGUUUGCAGACAACCACACAUGUACAAUGCCAGACAAAAAGACUAAAGAAAUACUGAACAUCACUUGCAAUGAUGACAAGAUUCUUAUAAGAGAGGCUAAUCUGGAGCAGAAAUUGCUUCUUGACUGUGACACUAGACAGAAGUACAUGGAAAAGAGAUGGGUACUGCCAGGGAAUAUCUCAGCAUCUUCAGCAAACAACACCAAGAUCAAAGAGGGUGGUACUUACCUGGAGAUAGGCCCACUAAAGCUUGAAGACUCUGGGGUUUACACCUGCUAUGCUAACAACAGUUCCUUAAUUGACACUGUCCAAAUUACUGUGGUGGUGUUAAACUACACAAAGAGCCAUGGGCUGGAGGAUCUUAAAACAGCAUACACCACCCUGGGAGCCUGUGUGAUCAGUGUGGUUUUGAUCCUUGUCUACCUUUAUGUCACACCCCAUUGCUGCGCUUGCUGGUCAGGUGAAAACACAGAGAAGGACGACCCUGGAGAGAGCCUGCACUCCUCAACCGCGAGCCUCCCUCUGGCACACGGAGAACAGGAAGCGGAGAACGGGGCCUUUGCCUUCAGAUAUGAAGCAUCGCAAGAAAGUAAGGAUCAGCUGGAGCUGAAUGGGAGACUAAAUCCUAUAGGGGAGGAAGACGACGAGUGGUCGAGGGACAGCAGGAACAAAUAGAGGUCUGAGGAAGGCCACAUUAGUUCUGGGAGCUCUGAUACUCCCAUGAUGAAAAAGUUAAAAUCAGUAAAGAUCAAGUGUUGCUUUGCAUAAACUGUAGAGCAACUUUCAAUCACAGCUUUUUUUCCACACAAGUAACAGGAAUGUUUCAGUAAUACACCACUUUCUACAGUCAGGGUCACUUCUGGUAAAGAUUUGCACAAAGCCCUAAAAUAUUAUUUGAUUUCAUUUUAUAUUGCAGGAUAUUGAACUUGAAUUGCUUUCAGAAAUCCAACUUUUGAUUUGAGAAUCAGAAUUUCAUUGAAAACAAAUCUCCUGUUAAGAAAUAAUUAUCUUGAACAACUUCACCAGUUUUACACUUAUAUAGGCAUGCGUGAUGUACCCUCUAUCUGAAAUGUAAAUGAAACAUUUUCUAUGUAAUACAUCUUGCUUUAUUUUUAUGAGAGUUUGGCCAAAGGGAAGGUCCUUUUCUCCAAGUUUUAUUUUAAAAAGAGAAAAAAAAAACGGAUUCAGUUAAGCUAGAGAUGAUAACCAUUUUUACGAGGAAAAUAGUGAUGGAUAUAAAAAAAAGAAAAAUCCCAAAAGUCCCUGUCACAAAAAGUCUCCAUGACUAUCCCUGGAUGUUAACUAGUUGAAUGGGUGUAGUGUUGGGAAAAGCUUUUUAUCUCUUUAAAAAAUAUGUGCAGUUUGAUGAAUAUAAGCAAACCUUUAACUGGAGGUUUGUGCUGUGAUCAGGUCACGACAGCCUAUGUGACAGCAUAUCCCAUAAUGCUUUGCAGGGAGAGCUCUCUAAACAAAGCAUUCCGGGAUAUACAGUAUCUGCUCGUCUAGUGACCAUGGAGGAUCGCUAGUUUUCAAAUUUCAAUUCCACUACUUUUUCAUCCACUAGACGCUCGGACACUCAUUUAAAACGCCGUAACCACUAUAUAGUGCCCUAUAUUCAGACACAGCCUAAGAUUGAACGUUUUUGGCAACACCAUGCCAAGCCUGCAUGAAAUGUAAAUGUGUGAUACUGCUUAUCAAUAGAUCCCGAAAACCUUGUCAAAGAGUUCAACAACUUCAUUUUUAUCAAUACCAAAGGAAUUUUAGAAACAAAUCUUGUCUUAAGUCACAUUUUAUCAGCGAUGGGUCGUUCAGUAUGAUAAUAAUCAGUAACAUGAAACCAAAUUGACAGAGAAACUGUUCGUACAAGACAAAGUCAAGAUCCUUGAUGGUCAUUUCAGACAUUAAUCAUAAAGUAAACUAGUUAUGAACAAACACAACAAGAUUCAAGAAGACCCAGGACUAUAGAUAAAUAGACCGUACCAUAAGAAAUGGUGAAAUAAUCCCCUCAUUAAGCUCCAACUUUAAAAAAAAACCAAAUACAUAAGGGCUGGUCUAUUGAUAAAUGUCAUAAUGGGAUUUAAAGAUCUGACCCACAUGCAGAGAACCACUCAGAGACCAAGGGUAAAAGUUAACUGGUUUAUUGAGGGUUAGCAAAACACAGAUGGAGAGAGAUAUUCUACUGGGUAAUACUGUUGGACCUCAAUGGACUGGUGAACUGGAACCUCUGCAGGGGAGAUCACAAUUAUCAGUUCAGGGACCGUGGGAAAAAAGACAGACGCUUGUAUAUUGCAAGAGAGGUACUCACGUUUGGCAGGGCGCUUGGUUAUUCCUUGGAUCCAGUUUGUGGGGUUAAAUCCAGAGAAGAAUUAACUCGUUGGAGAGUGGACAGGCAGACUAAUGUUGGACCAAGAGGAGUAAAGUAGCGGACUGUCACUUGGUUUUCCAGAAGUUGACUUGAACGGAUCAUGUGGAGGUUUCCCCUUGCUUAGUGUCACUCAGUUAAUCCUUCUUGGGGGGUAGAAGGUCCAGGCUUAUCCAGUGAUACAGGAAGGCUUCCUGCCGAAGAACAAAGACAAAGCAAGUUUAGACUCAGGGAGACAAGGCUAAGGUUGGACUCUGCUAAUCUCAGUUUGGCUAGAGUACCCAAUAUUGGCAAACACUCUGGCGUCAAGGUAGUGACAGCCCACUGCUCAAAUACUCCUCUGGUAAAGACCCAACGAGCCACAGGUGUGCAAGGAGGCCCAACAAGAACAGGGUACCAUCUGGUAAUGGAGAGAAGAAAAACACAAAAACAACCCACACAAACUGGAAUCCUAACAAUAAAGCAUGAUUGCAAAAAGUGUAUAAAUCAGCACAUAAGCAAUCAGCAAAAAGCUUUAUUUAUUCUUUAUUCAAGAAUGUUGCUUUAAUAACAAUUUCAAUUUAAUACAGUUUAUUUAUAUAGCGUCAAUUCACAACACAUGUCAUCUCACUUUACAGAGACAAUUCAACCAGAUCAUACAGUCAAACUGAUUUAAAUUUCUCUAUUUAAGGAAAAGCAUUUGACUGCAUCCACUCAUGACUCAAAGGCAAUCCCUGACACUAAGCAUGCUUGUAGCAACAGUGGAGAGGAAAAUCUCCCCUUUAACAGUAAGAAACCUCAAGCAGAACCAGACUCAGUGUGAGCGGCCAUCUGCAGAGGCCAACUGGGUUUCAAGGAGACAGAAGCAGAGCUGGCUCCGUCCGCGAAACACAUAGCUAGUCAGACAAACUCCGAAGCAGCUUCCAUGUCAAUAACAAAGUGCUACACAUUAUUAAGUGUGCAAAGCAGAUUUGAUUUCAAGGCUUUUCAUAAAUCUCUUUCAGGAUUGCCAAUAAGUGUGAAGGACAGUGUAUAUAGCUUUAAUGUAUCACUAUUAAAUUCCUAAACACUCAUAAAGCCAAGUCUUUCUAACUAACUGUUUGCAUUUAUAAGGAAGGUACUUGGAAAUGCUUUUAAGAUCACAAACACUGAGAAACAAGGAACUCCGAACAGACAAACCCACUGCAUGAAAAGUGAGAUUUUCGUCCCCGUA